AUGGAUCACGCGGCGGAUGCGCACCGGACGGAUUUGAUGACGAUAACGCGUCACGUGCUCAACGAGCAGUCAAAGCACCCCGAGUCGCGAGGGGAUUUCACCAUUUUGCUCAAUCACAUCGUCCUUGGGUGCAAGUUUGUUUGCUCUGCUGUUAACAAGGCUGGUCUGGCUAAACUUAUAGGACUUGCUGGCGAGACCAACGUGCAGGGCGAAGAGCAGAAGAAACUAGACGUUCUCUCGAAUGAAGUUUUCGUCAAGGCAUUAGUCAGUAGCGGCCGAACUUGCAUACUUGUCUCUGAAGAAGAUGAAGAGGCGACAUUCGUUGACCCCCCUAAGCGUGGAAAAUACUGUGUUGUGUUCGACCCAUUGGACGGGUCUUCCAAUAUCGACUGUGGUGUUUCAAUUGGAACUAUCUUUGGCAUAUAUGCGAUCUUUGAUGGGCACGACCCGAAACUGGAAGAUGUGUUGCAGCCCGGGAAGAACAUGUUAGCAGCAGGCUAUUGCAUGUACGGGAGCUCUUGCACGUUUGUGUUGAGCACUGGAUCUGGAGUUAAUGGGUUCACUCUCGAUCCAUCUCUUGGAGAAUUCAUACUGACUCAUCCAGAUAUUAAGAUCCCGAAAAAGGGCAAAAUUUACUCUGUUAAUGAAGGAAAUGCCAAGAACUGGGAUGGUCCAACAGCAAAGUACGUGGAAAAAUGCAAGUAUCCGAAAGAUGGAUCACCGCCAAAAUCAUUAAGAUACAUUGGAAGCAUGGUAGCUGAUGUUCACCGUACAUUGCUUUACGGAGGCAUAUUUUUGUAUCCAGCUGAUAAAAAGAGCCCGAAUGGAAAAUUGAGGGUCCUCUAUGAAGUUUUCCCCAUGUCGUUUUUGAUGGAACAAGCAGGCGGACAGGCGUUUACCGGAAAGCAAAGGGCACUUGAUUUGGUUCCUACAAAGAUACACGAGCGUUCACCGAUAUUCCUCGGUAGCUAUGACGAUGUCGAGGAGAUCAAAGCAUUGUAUGGUGGUGCUGAAGAGCAGAAAUAA